AUCAUCUUUGAAUAAAGACAGACACUUGCUGAACCAGAAAUGGGGACAGGUAACACCACUUCCACUGCAGCCGACAUGACAGAGAUUAUCAGAAACGUGCAUAUAGUCACCCUGGUCAUGUUCUGCGUGGUCUUAGUGGUUGGGAUUGUGGGCAACGGUCUGGUUAUCUAUGUGACGGGCUGCAGGAUGAAGAGAACAGUCAACUCCGUUUGGUUUCUCAACUUGGCCGUGGCUGACUUCCUCUUUAUAGCCCUCUUGAUUUUCACCAUCAUUUCUUUCUCUCAGGAGGGCGAAUGGCAAUUUGGGAAAUACAUGUGCAAGCUCAACACUUUUGUGGGUGUCGUCAACAUGUUUGCCAGUAUCUUUCUUCUGACAGCCAUAAGUCUGGAUCGUUGCCUGUCCACCUGGGUGGUGGUGUGGGCACAAAACAAGCGCACCGUUUGCAAAGCAAAGAUCAUAUGCGCUGUUGUCUGGAUAACUGCUGUGGUCUGCAGCGCCCCUUAUGCCACCUUUCGCGAGCUUCGGGAAAUUGAGGGGAAGAUGUACUGUACUUAUUCUGUGACACAAACACAAUAUUGGACUCUCAAUAUUUUUCGCUUUGUUGUGGGCUUCCUCAUCCCAUUCCUGGUGAUAUGUGUCUCUUAUGUGGCCAUAGGUGUUCGUGCAGGGCGCCUGCAGAGAACCAGGAAAAAGAGAUCUCGCCGAAUCAUUUUCUCAGUCAUUCUUGCAUUCUUCAUCUGCUGGUUGCCCUUCCAUGUCAUGUGUCUUAUAGAAAUAACGACGACUAACCCAGAUAUCCGGAACAUUGUUAGGAUUGCAGGUCCUCUGAUUUUGAGUCUGGCUUUUAUGAACAGCUGCCUGAACCCCAUUCUCUAUGUUUUCAUGUGUGAUGAAUUCCAGAAGAAGCUCAGGCAGUCCAUAUGCUUUGUCCUAGAGAGUGCCCUGGCAGAGGACCACUUGUCAUUUAUGUCCUCUCGCUCCUUGUCGUCACACUUUUCUCGGAUUACCCGGAGGUCUGAUUCUAAUACACCUGUGGAGAAGACAGGCACAGGCGCUACCUUAAACUUCACAGAAAGCAAUGCGGUUAUCACUGCGGAGACAGAGACAGUGAGCAGUGAUGAGGCCUCUAUAGUCACUUCCUUAAACUUCACAGAAAGCAAAGUUGUCAUCACUGCCGGAGAGAGAGACACUGAGCACUGAUUAAGACCGCCACCACAGGCAAUGUAAAUUGAAUGAGUCCAUAUUUUUUCAAGCCAAACUUGUAAUCAAUAGUGAGAAAAGUGGAGCACAAGCUGAAAAUGACAUGUUAAAUUGAUUCUGAGAUGAAUAUUUGCUAUGUGUGAUUUUAAUGUUUUUUGAGCUGCAGUCGGUAACUUUGAGCAAUGAUACAGAGUUAUUUCUGUCACUAUAUCUGUACAGUAUUGCAUGAGACAGAUAAUCUGCAUGUUCCUCUGUGUCCUCCUGUGCUCCUAACGGCUGACUCACCUGUUACAACUUCCACCUUUUUCUUACUAGUAGCCUACAUGCAGUUUGAUGACAUCACAUCGCUCCGAAUAUGUUCCAGGUCUAAUCAGCCAGAAUAAUUGAAAAUACCUGUGUGGGUGUGCUGUUGCUUUAAGAUGUAAAUAUUAAGUUCUUUGUUUAACAAUGAAUUAAUUUGUAUCAUGAAACUGUAACCUUCAAGACAUCAAAUGUGGAAUUGUUUAUAAGUCAUAGUAAUAAGGAUUACAAGACAAUUUGAUGUUUAUGUUUGCAAGCUUUCGAUGCUCCAGCUUAUCAUGUAACUGUCACACAAGACUGAGCUUUAAUAAUUGAGCUGUACACAUUUCAAUACAGUGAAUAAAAACAUAUUUUUGAUGA